AUGUAUACAAAACUUUUAAAAGAGAUCUUACUCAAAUUAGAUUAUGAUGAACAUCAAAAAAAGCAUUUUAUAGCUUUAUCUCGUGACUUCUAUGAUAAUAAUACGAAUGCAUUACAAAUAGUUGACGAAUUCGAACGAGAUUAUCAGAGCGAUGCAUCUAUUUGGUGGUACACACGUCCGUGUUUCCUUCAUCAGAUGCUGAAUCGAGCUUUACGAAUGCAAGACGUUGAGACUGUAAUAAUUAUGGGUUUCUUCCUACGUGAUCUUCAUCAAAAAAUCGAUGAACUACACUCAAAAUCCAAUCCACCAAAAUCUUUUAUCGUCUACCGAGGUCAAGCCAUGAGCAAUAAUGAUUUCGAGAAGUUAUGCAAAUGUAAAGGUGGUUUAUUUUCAUUUAAUAGUUUUUUAUCGACAAGUAGAAAUAGACAAGUAUCUCUUAUGUUUGCAGAAAGUAAUGCAGAUAAUCCGAAUAUGAAAGGUGUUCUUUUUGUAAUGAGAAUUGAUACAAUAAAUACAAACGUACCAUUUAUUUCUCUUGAUGGAAUAAGUUAUUAUGAAGAUGAAAAAGAAAUUCUUUUUUCAAUGCAAACAGUCUUUCGUAUUGGUGACGUAAAAAAGAUUGAAAAUGAAGUAUGGCAAGUAGACUUGACAUUAACAAGUGAUGAUGAUCAACAGCUGAAGAUCCUUUCUAAACAUAUGAUAGAAGAUUUAGAUGGAGGGACUACAUGGCAACAAUUAGGCCAUUUGAUGUACAAAAUGGGACAAUUUAAAAAGGGUGAAGAAAUCUAUCAGAUGUUACUCAAUAUUACAUCUGUCAAUGACGAGGAUCAAAUUACUAUUCUCUAUCAAAUGCUUGGAAUUUUGAAAUGUAAGAAAGGUCAUCUUAGACAAGCUCUCUCAUUCUUUCAAACUGCACUUGAUAUUCGACAAAAUAUUGUUUCUUCAAAUCAUUCUAGUUUAGCUAUUUUACAUAGCAAUAUAGGCGCUGUACAAAACAGUAUGGGAGAAUACUCGGCUGCAAUUACUAGCUAUAACAAAGCGCUUGAUAUUGUUCGAAAUUCUGAGCAGAUGAACUAUGCUAAUCUGGCUACUAUUUAUAGUAAUAUCGGUGCAGCGUACCGUAACAUGGGAGAAUACCCGAACGCACGAUCAUACUAUGAAAAGGCACUUGAAAUAAGGAAACAACAUCUUCCGUUGAAACAUCCAGAACUAGCUCAUGUUCACAUAAAUAUUGGUACUGUUUGUGGUGAUAUGGGAAACUACUCCGAUGCACUAGAAAAUCAUAAAGAAGGACUUGAACUUUUAAAAAAAUCUCUUCCGUCGAAUCAUCCUGAUCUAGCUGUAGCAUUUAGUUGCCUUGGUUCAAUUUUUCUCAGAAUACGUGAUCAUUCAAAUGCAAUUCUAUAUUAUAAGGAAGCUCUUAAAAUCUUUGAAAAAUCUGAAUUUUCGGAUCAUCCUGAUUUAGCUAUUCUCUUCAAUAAUAUUGGCACUGUAUACUUCGCCAUUGGGGAUUAUGCACGUGCACUCUCACAUUAUGAAAAAGGACUUAACAUACGACUAAGCACUGAACAUCAGAAUUAUAUUGAUUUGGCCGCUAACUACAAUAAUAUUGCCUUAGUAUAUGAAAGAAUAGGGCGCUACUCAGAUGCAAUUUUAAAUCAUCAAGAAGCACUUAAAUUGAGACACGAAUAUCUGCCUGCGAAUCAUCCUGAUCUAGCUCAAAGCUAUAAUAACAUUGGCCGUCUGUUUCAUAACAUGAAAAACUACUCUGAUGCAUUCUCUUAUUAUGAAGAGGCACUGGAAAUUUGGGAGAAAUUAUCCCCAAUGAAUCAUCCUGAAUCAGCCCGAACCUACAACAAUAUUGGUACACUACACAGCGACAUGGCCGAUCUUUCAACCGCACUGCAUUAUUACGAUAAAGCUGCUAAAAUUCUUGAAAUAUCGCAGCCUUCAAAUAUACUUUUACUAGCUACUAUAAACAACAAUAUCGGUUCAGUAUAUAAAAGUAAGAAAGACAGCUCAAUAGCACUUUUGUAUUAUGAAAAAGCACUUGGAUUUUGGCAAGAAUGUUUGCCUGCGAAUCAUCCACAUCUAGCUGCAGCAUACAAUAAUAUUGCUGGAGUAUAUAAAAAUCGAACACAUUAUUCGACGGCAUUGAAUUUUUAUAAUAAAGCGCUUAAAACUCUUUAA